UGCUGGUACGUGUGUAGCUACUGUAUUCCCGCAGCUAUAGUUCUAAUGUUAAAAGCUGCUGUCCUGGUGGUCAGCUGUUCUUCCUCUAUCGCUUGGAGCAUUGUGCGGAUACUGUCUGUUUAGCCGGACAUCGGGGUCUCUGCUCUCUUGCAGCUGCUCCUUGCUCUCUGCAGAUCACAAUGACACCUGUGAACAUCAUAGUCCAUGGAGUAUCAUACUAUCACCACUGUAAACAAGAAAAGGUGACGGCUGUCAUGUAGUUAGGCCUUUUACUUCAUGGAUUUUGAGUCUUGAGGAUUUUGAACAUUUAGUUUUUUUCACUAUUUGUCUAAGUUCCUAGGCAUUCUAUUAUACACUUAAUCAUGUGUAAUGCAGUCCAAUAAUGAAUAGAACUAGGUUGGGAAAAUUCUUGUUUUUCUAAACUCCAAUCAAAAUGCAAUUUGUGUUAGAAUGAGAGACUGACCGAGAAAGUAGUAAAAGCAAGUAAAACCAAAGAGGCCAAAGUGCUUGUGCUGGUAACAGAAGAGCCACCCUGUCAGUAGGUUGGCAGCGCCUGAGGUAGCCAGGGCGUGAGGAUGACUAGCUUGUUUAAACGCAGUAGCAGCAAUGGAGGCUCCAGAAGCAGCGGAAAUGGAGGUGGGGGUGGCAGUGGACAGGGGCAGCUUAACAAUAGCAGGCCAAGCCGACAGGUCAGACGCCUGGAGUUCAACCAGGCCAUGGAGGACUUCAAGACCAUGUUCCCCUCUAUGGACUAUGAGGUGAUAGAGUGUGUGCUGCGAUCUAACAAUGGAGCUGUGGAUGCUACCAUCGACCAGCUGCUGCAAAUGAGCAUUGACGGACAGGGCUCAGAUGACAGCUCAGACUCGGAUGACAGCAUCCCACCAGAGAUAUUGGAGCGAACUCUGGAGCCUGACAGUUCAGAUGAGGAGGCACCUCCAGUUUACUCUCCACCAACAUAUGACAUGCACAUUUAUGAUAGGAAAUACCUAGAAGCCCCACCAACACUAUCUCCACGAUCUAAAGCCCAGCCUCCUUCAGCUCACCAGCAGGUCAGAAGCUAUCGUAACUGGAACCCUCCAUUGCUUGGAAAUCUCCCUGAUGAUUUUCUACGGAUUCUUCCACAGCAGUUAGACAACAUUAAGCAGAGCUCUCAGAACAGUCUGUCUCAGCUGUCAUCGUCCUCCUCGUCAGUUUCUUCAUUAAGUCAGUGGACAGUGCAGUCUGGUUCUGGGUCUGCUGCCGGAACCACUGGGGGUCCUGGUUUAACAACAGCAGCUACAGAGCAAGACAAGAAACUGAAACAGUAUCUGGAAGAUGAGCGUAUCGCGCUGUUCCUGCAGAACGAAGAGUUUAUGAGAGAGCUACAACGCAACCACGAGUUUCUCAUUGCCCUAGAGAAAGAUCGCUUGAAGUAUGAGUCAAAGAAAUCAAAGUCCAAUCAUUCAACUAGCUUGGAGAAUUCCACAGUGCUUCUGUGUAUGUGUGCAGGAGACCAGUACUCUGGAGCUUCCAUGGAGGCCAUCUCAGAUGAUGCGUUCAGAGACAAACUCAAACACAUGGGCAAAUCAACAAGAAAGAAGCUGUUUGAAAUUGCCAGAACAUUUUCAGAAAAGACAAAGAGAAGAAAGUCAAAAAGGAGGACACUCCUGAAGCAUCAUUCAUUGGGCACAGCCAACUCUACAGCCAAUCUUCUUGAUGAUGUAGAAGGACACCACUGUGAGGAAGAUGGCCAGCCUAGAAGAGCAAACACUCAGGAAGAAACUGAAAAACGCAGUGAGCCAAUAUCAUGAUCCUCCCGUGCUGCUUCAUAUCGGUUUCCAAGGUGACUACAGCAUCACCCAUGGGCAGUGGUUUUCUAGCUCGUGUUGUUCCUACUUGCUCCUGUCCAAAUCAUCUGAAGAGUUAAGACACCCCUGCCCACCCCUGAAAGAGGAAUCAGACUGUUCCCAGCCACUGGGCAAAAACUUUGUAAAUGCAUAAUCUCUGUGUUCUAACAUUUUAUUGAUAUAUCAUUUUAAACAUAAAGGAACACACGUUAUUACCUUACGGUAUUUGUUGAUGACUUCUUUUAAUCCACUGUGGAGGAAUACUAGCAUAGUGAAGCUCUUUCCAUACAAACCCUUAUCCAGUCCUGUACUACAGCAUACUAGGCAUUUCAAAUCCAAAGUGUGAACAUGCAUCUUUAUAUACACUAAACCAUGUAGGGCUUUUUUUUACCUCGUUUUCUCAAGCAUUGUAAUAUUUAGCUUUAUGUAACUGAAUUUUUUUGGUGUACAAAUAUUGUGGUUGUCUGUGGAUGCCUAAAUGUCAAAAUGUCACCAUGGACAAAAUAACCAUUAGGCUGUGUUUUUAAAGAAUGGUGUUCUGGGAAAUAAGGGUGUUGCAGGGUAUGGAGCAGUUUACUAGGUUUUUUUCUUUGUUUGUUUGGCAAGGUGAAAUUUUUCAGUUUGCGUUGUUGUCUAUUUCAGUAGUACUGUAGGCACUGUGCUGUUCGAACAUUAACCCAGGGUGACCAACUAGAAGCUGUCAAGCCAGGGAAAACAUCAGCAUCUUAUUAGGCUUCAUAAGGUUAACUGGUACACAAAGUCCUUCACAUACAUUAUUGUCUAACCCAGUCUGAAUGCAAAUUUGGAGCUUUUAGGCUAUGGCCAUUUAAAGGUGAAAUGAAAGGAAUGACUAAAUUUGAAUAAAAUUUUCACAGUCACCCCUCCCCACUGAGUUUGGGCCUUGAGUUUGGCAUUUGUCAUUGUUGCCAUCUUGUUUUA